AUGUGCAAUCUUGACCAAUGUCCCUCUGUCAUUGGCGAAAUCAAUGGGCAAUCACGGCCAUUGCCUCUCUGUCUUUGGCGAAAUCAGUGUGCAAUCUCGACCACUGACUCUCUGCUAUUGGUGAAAUCAAUUUGCAAUCUCGACCACUGCGUGUUUGUCUUUGGCGAAAUCAAUGUGCAAUUUCUUCCACGGCGGGUUUGUCUUUGGCGAAAUCAAUGUGCAAUCUCGACCAAUGCCUCUCUGUCUUUGGCGAAAUCAAUGUGCAAUCACGACAAGUGCCUCUCUGUCUUUGGCGAAAUCAAUGUGCAAUCUCGACCACGUCGUGUUUGUCUUUGGCGAAAUCAAUGUGCAAUAACGACCACUGCCUCUCUGUCUUUGCUGAAAUCAAUGUGCAAUCUCGACCAAAGCGUGUCUGUCUUUGCUGAAAUCAAUGUACAGUCUCGUCCACGGCAGGUCUGUCUUUGGCGAAAUUAA